AUGACAUCAGAAAUUAUUAACACGGAUUCACUAGAGAAAGAUGAGGAUACAUCUGACGAUGAAAAUGGUUGGGAGAAAGCUUUUGCUUUGCGAGAGAAUGGCCUUUGGGAACCUGAACCUGAAGUAAUGUUCAAAUAUCUAAUGGAACUGGAAAGCAAAGGUUAUUGUGAGUUACAAUGGGAAUGUCCAGGACGAAGACCUCUCACGCCUCAGGACACCGAUGACAGGUCAGACGAUCACGAAAACACCACUGGUGAAGCGCAUGAAGAAGAUAACUCUGAUUUUGAAUUCAAAGAUGAAAUGUCUCAGUUGAAGCUUCCCGUCCGUCCUGCAGGUGAGAAUCCUGGCCCAAGGGGUAGUGCCAAGAAAAAGACUACUAGCUGGAUGCCAUCCUCUCAAACAUGGCAAGGCAUAGGAAAUUAG